AUGGAAAAGUAUGAGGCUGUCAAAGAUUUGGGAGCUGGGAAUUUCGGGGUGGCCAGGCUCAUGAGGAACAAGGAGACCAAGGAGCUUGUUGCCAUGAAAUACAUCGAGCGAGGCCAAAAGAUUGAUGAGAAUGUGGCAAGAGAGAUUAUCAACCACAGAUCCCUUCGGCACCCCAAUAUAAUUCGCUUCAAGGAGGUGGUUUUGACCCCCACUCAUUUAGCCAUAGUGAUGGAGUAUGCAGCUGGAGGAGAGCUCUUUGAGAGGAUAUGCAAUGCUGGCAGGUUCAGUGAAGAUGAGGCUAGAUAUUUCUUUCAGCAGCUGAUUUCUGGUGUGCACUACUGUCAUGCCAUGCAAAUUUGCCACAGAGAUUUGAAGUUAGAAAACACACUUUUAGAUGGAAGCCCUGCACCCCGCUUGAAAAUUUGUGACUUUGGCUAUUCCAAGUCAUCUCUGCUUCAUUCACGGCCCAAAUCAACUGUUGGAACUCCUGCUUAUAUAGCACCAGAGGUUCUUUCAAGGAGGGAGUAUGAUGGCAAGUUGGCUGAUGUUUGGUCAUGUGGAGUGACUCUUUAUGUCAUGCUGGUUGGAGCAUAUCCUUUUGAGGAUCAGGAUGACCCUAGGAAUUUUAGGAAAACAAUUCAGCGUAUAAUGGCUGUUCAAUACAAAAUCCCUGAUUAUGUUCACAUAUCUCAAGACUGCAGACACCUCCUUUCUCGCAUAUUUGUAGCAAAUCCAUUAAGGAGAAUCUCCCUUAAGGAAAUUAAGAACCACCCAUGGUUUUUAAAGAAUCUUCCAAGAGAGCUAACUGAAUCAGCUCAAGCUGUCUAUUACCAGAGAGGCAACCCAAGCUUUUCUGUUCAAAGUGUGGAGGAGAUAAUGAAAAUUGUGGGAGAAGCAAGGGACCCUCCUCCAGUAUCCAGGCCUGUCAAAGGUUUCGGCUGGGAAGGUGAAGAAGAUGAAGGGGAAGAAGACGUGGAGGAAGAGGAGGACGACGAAGAUGAGUAUGACAAGAGGGUCAAAGAGGUUCAUGCAAGUGGAGAAUUUCAAAUCAGUUAA